GGCCCGCCCGCCUUCCCCCUGUUGCCUAUAAAUUACAGCGACGCCAUCUCUUCGAUCCUUUAGCCUGCGUGUCAAUCGAAGGGAGGUUUGGAGCUUCAUUGCUGGACGCAUUCACACGAAGUGAAGAUGGGCAAGGAAAAGACACACAUAAAUAUUGUUGUCAUUGGACAUGUGGAUUCUGGGAAAUCAACAACCACCGGCCAUCUCAUCUACAAAUGUGGUGGAAUUGAUAAAAGAACCAUUGAGAAAUUUGAAAAGGAAGCUGCUGAGAUGGGCAAAGGGUCAUUCAAAUAUGCCUGGGUGUUGGAUAAGCUGAAGGCUGAACGUGAACGUGGUAUUACCAUUGACAUUGCUCUCUGGAAGUUUGAAACAUCCAAGUACUACAUUACCAUCAUUGAUGCCCCAGGACACAGGGACUUCAUCAAGAAUAUGAUUACUGGAACAUCACAGGCUGACUGUGCUGUGUUGAUUGUUGCUGCUGGUGUGGGUGAGUUUGAAGCUGGUAUAUCAAAGAAUGGACAAACAAGAGAGCAUGCUCUGCUUGCCUACACACUUGGUGUCAAGCAACUCAUUAUUGGUGUCAACAAGAUGGACUCCACUGAACCACCAUACAGCGACGCAAGAUUUAAGGAAAUUGUAAAAGAAGUUAGCACGUAUAUCAAGAAGAUCGGCUACAAUCCAGACUCUGUUCCUUUUGUUCCCAUCUCUGGUUGGCAUGGUGACAACAUGUUGGACUGCAGUCCGAAGAUGUGCUGGUACAAGGGUUGGAAAUGUGAUGAAAAGAGUAAGGAACCUAAAACAGGCUGUACCCUUUUGGACGCCCUAGAUUCCAUUCGACCUCCAGAACGCCCCUUAUCUAAACCUCUACGUCUCCCCUUGCAGGACGUCUACAAGAUUGGUGGUAUUGGCACAGUACCAGUUGGUCGCGUUGAGACAGGUAUUCUGAAACCUGGUAUGGUGGUGCACUUUGCUCCUGCUAGCAUUAUCACUGAAGUGAAGUCUGUGGAAAUGCAUCAUGAAGCUCUUUCAGAAGCUGCUCCUGGUGACAAUGUUGGUUUCAACGUUAAGAACGUUUCUGUGAAGGAUAUUCGCCGUGGUAAUGUUGCUGGUGACAGCAAAAAUGAUCCUCCACAGGAAGCAGCUUCCUUUAUUGCACAGGUUAUUAUCCUGAACCACCCUGGCCAAAUUUCUGCUGGUUAUAGCCCAGUUCUUGAUUGUCACACUGCCCAUGUUGCCUGCAAGUUUAGUGAGCUGAAAGAGAAAAUCGAUCGUCGUUCUGGCAAGAAGUUGGAAGAUAGCCCCAAAUUUGUGAAAUCUGGAGAUGCAGCCAUUGUGGAUAUGAUUCCAUCCAAGCCAAUGUGUGUGGAAAGCUUUAGUGCAUAUCCACCUCUUGGUCGUUUUGCUGUCCGUGACAUGAGACAGACUGUGGCUGUAGGUGUGAUAAAGUCUGUUGUUAAGAAAGAAACAGCUGUGAAAGCUACCAAGGCUGCAACUAAAUGUUUAAAGAAGUGAAUAUCACUAUCAAUCACUCUAGUUCAGCAAGCCCUGUCGAGACUGAUGCCACCAAAAUGUUUGUUCGUUACCAGCCAAAUAUGUGUAUUGAUGAGAGACUGGAUAUUGAUCAAGAUGCAUCGCAAAAAAUUCAGAAGGAAAGGAGGAAUGAAGGAAUCAGUGUCAUUGCAAAUGCCCUUUUUCAUUUGAGUGAUUAAUAACUAUUAUGGUUGUGUAACAAUUAAAACUAAUGAACAUCCAGAA